UGCGGGGGGGGAAGGAAGGCGGAGGGAACCAUGCGAGGUUCUGUGAUCCGCGGUGAGGGGAGCCUCGAGAGGCCGUUUCAGAGGGGGGUUUGAUCCCCCAUGGCCGCCGCUGACAGCAUCAUUGUGCUGGAUGAUGACGAUGAGGACGAACCAGCUGCUCAGCCAGGGCCCUCCUGCCCGCCCUCCAAUCCUGUCUCGCCAAGGCCAGAAGCCUCUGGUCCCUCUGAGUCCCACGGGGAUGGAAGGAACAGUCACUCAGGUGGCAGGAAGUGCUACAAGUUGGAGAAUGAGAGGCUGUUUGAAGAGUUCCUUGAACUGUGUAAGAUGCAGACUUCGGACCACCCUGAGGUGGUUCCGUUCCUCUACAAACUGCAGCAGCGUGCCCAGUCUCUGUUUCUGGCCUCAGCGGAGUUCUGCAACAUUCUGUCCCGGGUUCUGUCUCGGGCUCGGAACCGGCCGGCUAAGCUCUAUGUCUACAUUAACGAGCUCUGCACUGUUCUUAAAGCCCAUUCAAGUAAGAAGAAGCUGAACUUGGCUCCUGUACCCUCAGCGCCCAGUGAGCCCUCCGGUGAUAACCCUCCCACAGAUCCCUCCUCGGACCUUACAAAUGCUGAAGCCGCUGCCCCCGAGGCUUCAAGGACCCGAGGUUCCCGGAGGCAGGUCCAGCGCUUGGAGCAGCUGCUGGCGCUGUACGUAGCAGAGAUACGGCGGCUGCAGGAGAAGGAACUGGAUCUGUCAGAACUGGAUGACCCUGACUCCACGUACCUGCAGGAGGCCCGCUUGAAGCGGAAGCUGAUCCGCCUCUUCGGGCGGCUGUGUGAAUUGAAGGACUGCUCUUCUCUGACGGGCCGGGUCAUAGAGCAGCGGAUCCCCUACCGCGGCACCCGCUACCCUGAGGUCAACAGGCGCAUUGAGCGCCUUAUUAACAAGCCAGGGCCUGAUACCUUUCCUGACUAUGGAGAUGUGCUGAGGGCUGUGGAGAGGGCAGCGAACCGGCACAGUCUCGGCCUUCCCCGACAGCAACUCCAGCUCAUGGCUCAAGAUGCCUUCCGGGAUGUGGGUGUCAGGUUACAGGAAAGGCGCCACCUUGACCUCAUCUACAACUUUGGCUGCCAUCUCACAGAUGACUACAGGCCAGGCAUUGACCCCGCACUGUCAGAUCCCACACUGGCUCGACGCCUUCGGGAAAAUCGGACCUUGGCCAUGAGCCGCCUGGAUGAGGUCAUCUCCAAAUAUGCAAUGAUGCAAGACAAGAGCGAGGAGGGGGAGAGACAGAGGAGAAGGGCCCGGCUCCUAGGCACCCAUCCUUCAGGUUCCCCUAAAGUCUCCUUGGAUUCUGGUGAGGGUCCUAGUGGAACGGCCUCCCAGGAGUGCCCUACUACCUCUAAAGCUGAGUCUGAUGAUGAUGAUGAUGAAGAAGAAGAAAGUGAGGAGGAGGAGGAGGAGGAAGAGGAAGAAGAGGAUGAGGAAGAGGUCACUGAAGAUGAAGAUGAGGAUCUAGAACAGUUGCAGGAAGAUCAGGGGGGUGAUGAAGAAGAGGAGGAAGAAGAAGGAGAUAAUGAAGGAGAGAAAAGCCCCGAGUCCCCAUCACACAUCCCCACUAGGAGGAACUCAGAACCUAUAAAAGGGUCUCCAGGGGAGCAGCAAGACAAAGGACUGACAGGGACACCAGCAUCACCGCUGGCAGAACCCCCAGACCCUCCCAGCAUAGAUGCUGAGAGCAGCGGGGAACAGCUCCAAGAGCCGCUCCUGGAAGAAGAGAGCCCUCGGUCCCAGCUCUUUGAGCUAGAGAUGGAAGCCUUGCCCGAGGGUACCACCCCAUCCCCCGAGGAAAGGGACAUUUCCUCUUCCAGGAAACAGUCAGAAGAUUCCCUCCCCACCAUCUUGGAAAAUGGGGCUGAUGUGGUUACCUCUACAUCCUUCAAUGGGCGUGUCUCUUGCCACACUUGGCGAGAUUCCAGUCCCCCGUACAAGAGAUCAAGGAAGGAAAAGAAGCAUCUGGGGUCUGGACCAUUAGAAAACAGCUACACAGAGAAGCAGGCGGCUCAGCAGGGAAAUGGGAAGAAGGUAUGGACCCCGCCUACUCGGUCUUCCCCCUUGACCUCCAUGGCUCCUGUUGCUGAUUCCUCCACAAGGGUGGACUCUCCCAGCCAUGGCCUGGUGACCAGCUCCCUCUGCAGCCCUUCUCCAUCCCUGAUAUCCCAAACUCCCCAAUCUCAGUCUCCCCGGCCUUGUAUUUAUAAGAUGAGUGUGGCCACACAGUGUGAUCCCGAAGAGAUCAUCGUGCUGUCAGACUCGGAUUAGCAGCCUCCCGCUCUCCCUGCCUCCAGAAUGUGAGGGAUGCCUGAGCAAUGGGCUGAGCUCCUCCCCUUUUGGUGUUUGUUUUGACAGAAAAUCAGAUGUUUUAAGUUUUACACAGACACAUUAAUAAACAAUGAAUUUCUUUUCUUACUGUA